AUGGCCGCCCUGAGAGUGAAGAUGAUGAGCUCGGGGAAUGUACGACAAAUCGCUCUGGUGAGGAAUUCAUCAAACGUGAAAGUUUUUCCUUUCUCACAUCUAAUCAUAGUUUUAUUUUUUCGUUCUUUGGGUAUGUAAUCAUGUCCGGUAGCGCUGAGAAGGUAACCGGUCGUUUCGAUACAAAGUCGUUUCGUUUCGAACUCUGGCAAAAUGGUACAAAAAUUUCGAUCGCUUUAAUCUUUAAUGAGUAUACUCCUAAAACAGUUUUAAUCGGCAAUGUUUCCGUAUAACCCCAGACAUUAAUUAUGCAUACAUCAAUUGUUAGAAGAAAACAAAAGAAAGAACAAUAUCAAGCCUUUGAGAUUUCAGUGUCAUAAAAAUGUUUGAACCAUUACAGCGUGCACUGUCUCAGUUUGAAAAACAUUUUAAUAUUUAAAGAAACUGGAACCAAAUUAAAACAAUUUGAGAAAAAAAAAGUCCAUGUGAAUGAUCGGGUUUCCCCAAAUUAUCUUGUUUUAGUAAGGAAGGUCACAAGAGAUGAGGUCGUAUUCCUUCGUGUUCCGGCAUUCAUGUCAGACAGAACUCUUUAGAGUAUCUUCGGAAUGUCCUCGGAGAUCUUCAGAUAUUAUCAGAACCCUACGAAAAAUCCUGGCACUCUCAGCAUAAAAAUGCCACACCUAUAAAUUAAAAAAAGUUGGCCGGUAUAAUAUCUAGCCAGAGUUUUUGAAAACAUGCUUCAAAAAAGGCCCAGAAUAUUGGCACGGUUUCUGGUGACUGCAGUGAGAAUUUUCAUUGGGGGCUUGCCAUCUUGGUUAGUCUCAUCAUCAAGCUCAGUCCCGAGCUAACUUGCCAUGGGGUGGGAAUGGGUCUCCAUGUCAAUCCCUAGUGGGAGGAGGGUGCUAUAAAAGUGUAGUAUGGCUAGUUAGUCUGUCUGGAGAAUCUCUUCAUUGAUCAUGUGUCUGCUGUAACUUUGUCAUGCCAAAUUCGUCAAAUGCUUCAAGCCAAUAGGCCAAUGAAAGGAUUCCCCUCACUGAUGUGCUCAGCUGCGAGGCUGUGUCAGGUCAGUGGGGGUGAUGUGGCCUUGAAUUCUUUGCUUAGAGUUGUGGCCUUGAACCUCAAGCUACCCCUGUCAUAUAGGACCUUAAAGCAGCUAGAGUGCAUGGCCAAGUUGAGAGUGUCCUUUUUAUAGACUUGAAUAUUUCUUUGCUGAUCAGCAACCAAGAAGAGAGUCACCUUAGAAGGCUUAUGGGUAAGGGCUGAAUUUCUUUACAUUAUUGGUCAUUGGCCCCUUUAUUUAAGUCAAGUCAAGCUGUGUGGCCUAGAGUUGUCAGCUCGUGAGGUUUUCAUAAAUUUGGCUAGGUAUAUAUAAACACAAAUGAGCGCACAAUUAAAUGGCCUCAUAAAAGGAAUAUGAAUAAAAUAAAAAAAUAAGUAUACUUUGCUUGUGAACAAGAAAAACAUUUUGAGCAACAAUUCUUAAAGCCAAGUACAUGACACUAUUUACAACUUGACUGAAUAAACUUGUAUUGAAACGACUUGUAUCGAAACUACUGUGUAUUAAAACGACCAGUAACUGUUGAAAAUUGUUAAAUCAGGAAUCGAAUCAGGAUCAGAGUGUGUCUCCUGCCCCUAAUCCCCAACUUUUUUUCACAUAAUGUACCCAAAAGUAGAGAAAGUCAGUCUGCUGGACACUGAGUAUUUUGAUAAUUUUGUCUGACUGACCCCCUAUCAAUGCUGAACUUGGACACACUUUGUUCAUUCUAACCCAAGAUCAAGGGUGUUUAUUAAUGAUAGUGGUUUCAGCUGGCUAAAGGCCAAGAUGGAAACUAUAUUAUCAUUGUUUGGUUCCAGAAAAAAUUAAGUGCCGAUGAUAAGUGUUCCUCUUCCCCCCAUGAAUUGAUAGAUAGGCCAGACCACUCUAGUCAGUUCAAGGUCCCCCACUCUUUUUGAACAGUGGGGAUUCUCUUGUGUUUCCUUUGAAUAAGGAAGAAUUGUUAUAAAGGAAGGAUGAGGGAGAGAAGGCCAAUGGCUUAAUGUAAUCACCCAGUGAAGGGCGUGGGCCCAGUUCCUCAAAUGAUGGUUAAGUUUAACCCAGGAUUAAGCCAAAUUUGAAGUACCGUUUUCUUCUCUAGCAGCAUGUAACUCAGGCUUACAAAAUACUGUUGAGCCUUUACUCUGAGAUAUAGUAAUAAUAAUACAAAAUGUUACUCUAAGCAAUGCACAGAAGGUAAAUACAAAAUGUGGAACAAAAUGUGAAUCCUGGAUUAGUGCUAACAGCCUUUCAGAAACCAGGCCCUCGUUGGUAGUCUAGCCAGUGUUCAAACCCAGUCAGCAAAAACCAGCAGUUUUAACCACGGGCAGUUCAACACUGCUUGUGCAAUACCCCAGAGAAUAUCAUCACUCUUAAUAAGGCAUUUAUGCCUAGAAAAGUUACUUUCCUUUGGCUAUGAUUUAUUACAUGUACAAUACUCUUUCUUUCUAUUAUUUCACAGAGAAUACCAUCAGUACUGUGUAGAUUUAUGUCUAAUGGCUCUGCAGCAGGUGGAGGUGAUCCUCAGAAGCCAACUUCUUCAAUUUCAUCACAGGAUACUGGUGAGUUUUAUAAUUGCCAGGAAAAAACAAUGAAGAUGCGUUUUGUUUUUUGAAGUGCUACACAAGUUUCCCUAUCAACAAUAGUUAUUGUGACAUUUACCCUUGGAGCAGAGGCUACAUGUUUUGUCAACUGUGAUGGGAAAAGUAGCCUAGCCUUCUUUUUGUACGUAAGUUCACGCAGAGAAAGUUGUCUCCAAGAGCCCAGGACUAGUGGAUUUUUUCAGGCUAGCAAAUUGUUUUCCUAGCUUGCCCUAAAGGCAAGUGAAGUUUUUUUUUUUGAGGAAAUCAAAUUAUAGAACUGCUGCAGUCAAUCUGGCUUAUCUAAACAUUGUUUUUGGGCGAGUAAAAAUGAUUCUUGGGGUUCCCCAAAGGGCAAGCUAAAACUGACUUGCUGACACUUACUGGAAAUAGUGAAUACACAAAAAUGCUUUUGCAGGUCAAGAAAUUAUAGUUCGGAGAUAAUUGAACAGAGAUGUUACUCGGCACCAGCUUCUGACAAUGUUCUGCUCCGGGCAAAAGAGUGAUCUCGCCGGGGGAGUUUUUUUAAGGAAGUUUUGGGUGGGGAUAUACCACUGGGUCCCAGGUAACCUUAGCCUAUACCAGGUCUUGUUCAGCUAAAUUUUGAUACUCCAUUCUAGACUAAAAUCUUCAAGUUGCUAUUUUCCAGAAGCUGCUAAUUAAGUUGACAUGUUCUUUGCCAAUUCGACUCUUGAGUGUUAAUUCCCACUUUUUACCUAAACUGCUGCUUAUAAGUCUUGGGCUUAUGCAUCUUCAUAAGGGGUUUUAGGAGUGCUUAUAACCGGAAUAGAAAAAGGACUUCAAAACAAGCUCCAAGGGUGCUGAUCAAAAUAGGUUUUAUGUUUACUGGUUUUUAAAUAAGCUUCAAAAGGUCAUAAUGAAUGUAAUUCAUUUCAAUACAAGCUAGAGUGAAGGGGGGGGGGCUUUUAAUUGGAUGUAUUAUAUAUUGGUUUUUUCCUGACCUCAUAAUGAAUGUGAUUUAUUUCAAUACAAGCGAGAGUGGGGGAGGGGUUUUUCAUUAGAUUUUUUUUUCUUUACAGGUAGAUGGGCCUAUAACUAGGGGGGGCUUAUAAGUGGGGAGACAGGGUUAUAAGUAGGGGGACAGGGUUUUAAGUGGUAGUUUCCAGGAUUAGUUCAUUGACCUGAAACGGAUUUGACCUACAACAGGUGCAACUAAACCAAAUUUUUUUUUUCCUUAUUUUGACCAACAGCACCCAAGCCAGAAUCCUCGGAGAAAAUCACUUACAAGGUUCAGGAGUAUUAUUCAUACAACGAUUAUUCAUUCUAUGACUUGGAAAAUGUGAUAGACUCGUCAGGACGGAGACAAAUCCAGCCUGACCCAAGACAGCGUUAUAAUCAUACAGAUCCAUGGUCCAAGAAAGAGUCAAGUACAGCCUAGCUCCAGGAAGGAAAUGCUGGUCAUAAGACCACUUUUUCUCUUGCAUCUUGUAAAUUUCCGGAGAUGCUUUUUGUAUAUUAAAAAGUUCACUAGUUUUAUGUGGAUAUAAACGGUUGCAAUCACAAGUAUUGUUAAGGGUAAAAUGUAUACUUGACUUGAGUUGUUUAAUAAACAUUAGAA